GGUGAGCGGGUUACCCGCUUUAUAGGGCCCUGCUGCUGGAGAUGUGCAGCGUGAACCUGUCGCAGCUGCGUCUGGUCUGUGUGUGUACAGCGCUGAAGGGCGGAGAUAGGUGACACGUGCUGUUCCGCAGCAGCAGCAGAGCAACAAGUGGCCCAGCUGCUAGGAAUCGUGAUACUACAGAGACAAAAAUGCAUUGCUAAUUGUGUGGCCAGCGUAUACAACUUCAUAUGAUGUGUGACUAUGGAACAGCAGCCUCUCUGCAGAGCCAAACUGUUUCUACAGUGCCCUCUGUGGGGAGAUUUUGUGGUAUCCGAUGCUGAGCUGGUUUUUACGUCUUAUUAGGAUGGUUCUGCAACAAAUAACCUACAACAUGGAAUCGGUACUUUGGUCGGGAAAACCAUAUGGAUCAUCUCGCAGUAUAGUCCGAAAAAUAGGCUCGCAUCUUCCCAUUAUCCAGUCCCCAAGAGUUCAUGUUCAGUUUAUCCCAUAUCCCGUCGCACUGAAUGCUAACAAUCCAAAUGGAGCCGUAGCUUCUUUUGCCGAUAUUGGCUGGGUUGCUGAUGAAGAAGGAGACGUAUUUGCAAGACUCCGGACACAGCAUCCUUUACAGCACAACCUAUCAGUAGAUGAUGUGACACAUUUUGACGGUUCCUUAAGGAGACAGGUAUCAUUGCCGGUCCUGCUGAAGGAGCAGCCAGAGGCCAAACCCCAACCUGCAGCCAAUGAAGAAGCUCUGCAAAAGAUUAAUGCAUUGGAAAAUGAACUUGCCAGCUUGAGAGCCCAGAUAGCCAAAAUUGUUAUUCUCCAGGAGCAGCAAACUGUAACUGCAGGUUCAAGUCCAUCAUCUUCUCUUGUGCUUGAUAGUUCUCCACUUCCUCAUGCUGCUGUGCCGCCGCCUCCACCACCUCCACCACUGCCUCCUCCACCUGCUCUUCAGCGAAGCUUCUCCGCAAUUGACCUUAUUAAAGAGAGGAGAGGAAAGAAAAGCAGCUCAGACAUAACUACCAUAGAUAGUGCACCAAAGAAGACUGAAAUGCCAAACAUGUUGGAUGUCCUCAAAGACAUGAACAGAGUAAAGUUACGCUCUGUGAAAAGGACACCAGACGAGCCAAAAUAUAAGCCAAGCGACCCGUCAGACCCAGCAGCGCUCAUUGCAGAAGCUCUAAGGAAGAAAUUUGCUUACAGAUUUCGUAGCGACAGCCAUGGGGAGUCCGAAAAAAGCCUUCCUAAAGUAGAGCACAAGAAAGUCGCAGAAACCCCAUUGUUUGGACCCCACAUGCUGAAAUCAACAGGGAAAAUGAAGAACCUUAUUGAAUCCUCCGAUUCAUGCACAGAACUGUUAUAGGAGAAUUGCUCGCCUUUAAUAGGAAUGCUGGUAUUUACAGUAAUGUCAGAUAUUGUGCUCCUAAGGGAACUUGUGAACAGUUCACAAUCAACUUAACACUAAUUCUUGCUAUAAAGAAUUGUUUAGUGUUUAAUAAUUAAGGGCUAGUUUUACUAGUGAUAUAUUUACAAAUGUCGGUUUUUUAGGUACUUUGUUAGUGAUGAAACAUACUGUUGUUGCUAUUGGUGCAUUAGGAGGGGUAUGGGCUGUGUGUAGAUAAUUUGUUUGGACAGAGCUCUUCCCCUAUAAAAUAAGACACUUUGUUAUGUAAAGCUUUAAGAACUGUAUUGAAAACACUUUAAUAAUGUAACUGUGGCAAGGUACAGGCAAUAUUAAGCUCUGCAGAAGUUGCUUAGUCUGUCUCUCAGAGGAUGGUGAAGAAAUACAAGUCAACUGAGGGAAUUCAAUUUUCAGUGAUUCUCAAUGGCAAGCUGGGUAUCGGAUGUGCGUGUCCCCUAGACUUACAGUAACCCAACCUCAUUUUCCUAUACGUCUUAAUGGGGAGCAAGGGACAUUUGUAUUUGUGGUCAUAAGUAUUUUGACCAUUCCAACGGCACUGUGCGGUCAUGUCCUGGAACUGAACUCCUUGGAGUGGCAUAUUAUUUUUUUCCCCAUGUUAGGCAGCUUUUCUUGACACAUAUUUAAUACGCAUUUUGAAAACUCAGGAAGAAUUAUCCAAGCAGUCAUGACACCUGAACACAUGUUUAGGAGUUUGGUUUAUUUAAACACCUAAAAUAGCCAUAUUAAUAGUAGCAGUAAAUUAAUUACAUGAAAUAAAGCUGUAGAGCUCCGUAGUUCGAGCACUGAAGAACUGACUCUGUAACCGUCUUGUUCACAGUCAGCACUGUACAUGAAGUGGUGCUUUACUGCCAGUCCUGUUACACAGAUCAUAUGUAUUAGCUUACAUAGCUACAUGAAUGAGAAAACACAGUGUUUCUUCUGAAUAAUAGUGCAUGAAUCCUAAAAUGUUGUUGUGUUUACUUUGUUUUUUCUUUAGUAAUUUAACACGUUACCUGCCACGGUUAUUUAUAGUCUUGUUUUAGUAUUAAGGUCUAAUCUAGAUGUGACAGUAAUUGGCAUUAGGAAGACAUUUGUCAUUUUCAUUGUGUCUGUAUUUCCUACUGCUAUAUGCCAUCAUUGCCCCCAUGUAUCUUAUCUAAUGCUAUAUGCCGUCAUUGCCCCCAUGUGUCUUUCCUAAUGCUAUAUGCCGUCAUUGCGUCCCUAUGUCUUUCCUGAUGCUAUAUGCCGUCAUUGUAUCCUUAUGUCUUUCCUAAUGCUAUAUGCCGUCAUUGCAUCCUUAUGUCUUUCCUAAUGCUAUAUGCCGUCAUUGUAUCCUUAUGUCUUUCCUAAUGCUAUAUGCCGUCAUUGCAUCCUUAUGUCUUUCCUAAUGCUAUAUGCCGUCAUUGCAUCCUUAUGUCUUUCCUAAUGCUAUAUGCCGUCAUUGCAUCCUUAUGUCUUUCCUAAUGCUAUAUGCCGUCAUUGCGUCCUUAUGUCUUUCCUAAUGCUAUAUGUCGUCAUUGCGUCCCUAUGUCUUUCCUAAUGCUAUAUGUCGUCAUUGCGUCCUUAUGUCUUUCCUAAUGCUAUAUGCCGUCAUUGCGUCCCUAUGUCUUUCCUAAUGCUAUAUUUCGUCAUUGUGUCCCUAUGUCUUUCCUAAUGCUAUAUGUCGUCAUUGUGUCCCUAUGUCUUUCCUAAUGCUAUAUGUCGUCAUUGCAUCCUUAUGUCUUUCCUAAUGCUAUAUGCCGUCAUUGCAUCCUUAUGUCUUUCCUAAUGCUAUAUGCCGUCAUUGCAUCCUUAUGUCUUUCCUAAUGCUAUAUGCCGUCAUUGCAUCCUUAUGUCUUUCCUAAUGCUAUAUGCCGUCAUUGCAUCCUUAUGUCUUUCCUAAUGCUAUAUGCCGUCACUGCCUCAAUUUGUCUACCCUAAUGCCAUAUGCCUUAAUUGCAUCCCUAUGUCUACCCUAAUGCCAUAAUUGCGUCAAUAUGUCUUUCCUAAUGCCACGUGCCGUUAUUGCCUCAUGUAAAAGUCACAAUAUUUUAGUUCAGUUGUUACAGGUACAACACAGACUAUGUGGGACCGGAUGGUCCGGCAUCUUUUUUAAUCUGGACGCGUCAAGAUUGAAUUAGGCUGCGGCGAGGGGAGUCAGGAUGCUGCUGAUACCACCGAUAAUUCAGCACAGUGCCAGAUUAUCUGUGUUGUACCUGUAUUAGCUGUGAAAUAUAAAAGAACAAACAGAAUAAUGGAAAACCGGUCUGAACAAAACACUUGAUUGCAAGGAGGUCAUAUGAGAGCAUGGGGAUAAGGGGCAUGGUGGGAAUCUCUAUUGUAGCAACUGGUGCCAAAUGGUAAGUGGUGCUUACAAUGGGUGUCAUGUAGAUGUUGAACAUGGGGUGCUGGCCCGGAACCCCACAAACUAAUUGGCCUAUUAGCAAGCUCCAUAACGGGCACAGAAAACUGCUGAGGAGUCCUUAGAGCCUUAACAACUAGGUUCCAUGUGAUCGCAUCCUCAAAGGACUCGCGCAUUGUAGCCGGGGCCUGGCCUAUCAAUUAUUUGCCCAAAAUAGGUACAGUAUGUCUCCACAGUGGUAAGCGAACAGUACAGGAAAGCGUGCCAGAGCUGUAGCAGAGCAUUCUGGGGGAUGGAUUUAGGAGUAGGUCAACACUAUUAGAGGUGGGAAAUCGCUUAUAUAAGAAAUGAAAUAAACAGACGUAUAUAGUUUUUCUUCAAUUUAGAUUUUGUCUACUGUUAUUUGCUGAUUUUCAAUUAGAAAUAUUAAUACCAAUUGGAAGCCUGCUAAAAAAGGGCUUAAUAAAACAUUUCAUAUACUAAACACAAACCUCCGAUCUGCCUACUGUAUUUUACAGUUUCGGAGUUGGCUAAGUUGCUGGGGGAUGUGUACAGGAUGCACCUAAUUGGAUGUUAUCACUCUCAGAACUCUUACAUGUGAGAUGAGUUACUUCGUAUGCAUCGAUUUAUUACACGAAUUCAUAGACAUGUCUUCUGUUAUGACUUGCAGUAAGCAUACUUUGCUUCUUUCCGGAAAGUGAUGGAACGUUUGUGAUUCUGAGAUGGGAAUCCCUGAAUCACGUGACUCAUCCCUGCAGAAUGAAUUAAUUUGUUUUAUUCUUAGCUGCUUAGAAACCUAUUUUCAAAUGCAAUACAGAGCGUUACUGACACUGGAUAUAUUUUUUUCUUUAAUGUCAACACAAAUUUUAUUUUCAUUGGCUGUGUUACCCCCAAAAGCUGUUACGCCAUGUGGCAAGGUUCAUGGAUAGUACAGCACUUACAGUGACAAUUGCUGGGUGUAUUGUUGGCGCACAGAGCCACCGUAACAAAGUACUGACAUUACACAUUGGAAACUGUCACAGCAAAGUGUAAUGGGAGAUAAGGAAAGCACGAGUAGGAUGUUAGGCGGAGAAAUAGUAACCAAAACACGUUUACUGCAGAGAAAUGUGCCAUUAAAAAUGUGCAGUGUUUCCAAAGAGAAUGGGUCGCUUAUGGUAAUCCCCAAUUUAUACUAUAAACAGAGUGACACCAAUCAUUCUAUACGCAGGUUACAUUAGGAAGGCCAUGUCUGCAGCGGUAUGUACUGCCACACUGAAGUAAUUCAAAGAUUCUGAAUUUAUUUCUCUAUCAUUAUUUGGUAAAUAAAAUGGGAAAUUGCUAAACAUUUAUAGGUUAAUUAAAUAAACUGUUACAGACUUGUUGAAGGAAAGCAUUGAGAACCCCUAAUGUGAUGAAGGCAGUGUUUUAGCAUUUUGUAGAUGUAUAAUAGAAAGUGUUUGUAUGUUACCAGAAGGAUUGAUGUAUGUUUAGCAGAUGGUGGUGAAUUGGAUUACAGAUGCAGCAAUACCAUGGAGUAUAUUCAAUUGAUGUCUGAUCCUUUCGGAUCCGAAAGGAUCCGACAUCUGAGUAUUCAGUGAAUGGCCAAAUCCAACAGGUUUUGGCCGCUCACGAAAAUGCUGACCGACUUUUAUUAAAGUCUUAUUGACAUUGUCUGAAACUGUGCCAAAACCUGUCAGAUUUGGCGCUUCGCUUCCGACAAAACACGUGGAUCCGCGGCUAUUCCGCCGAUCCAUGUGUUUUCCAACAAGUCGGAAAAUCUGAGGGGGCAUUGAAUAGGUCGGGACCCCUUCCGACCUAAAAAAGUCGGACACUGCCGUCUUUCCGACAAGACGGAAUUUUUCGACAAGAAUUGAAUACACCCCCAUGACUCUGUUCAAUAUAAAGUAUUGAACUCCUUGCGGGCAUAUUAAAAUAAACUCUAGUAAUUUAAUAUUUCCGAGACCAUAUAGUCUUAUCUUGCCCCUGCUUGAUUAUGUUAGAAAGGUACUUUUAUUUAUUUUUUUGCAUUGCUGGCAUUGUAAAGAGAAACAUUGUAUGUAACAUUUGGCUUCUUUAUAGACUAAUAUCAUGUAUACCAGUGUUUCUUUUUAGCGAGUGGAAGGAGGAGACGUAAGGGUCACCCUAACAUGCCCUGGUCGCAUGCAACUUCUUCUGGUAGGCCGUGCUGCUCGGCCAACUGGUUGAUGCAGCAUGCUGCGCCAUGCAUAUUAGUGUACUGGCACUCUGGCAUGGUCUUUCUGAUGUGUAGCCGGCAUAACCCUAAAAUGGUCUAUCGACAUUCUCAACGUCCACAUCUAUCCAUGCUGUAUUCUGAAUGUCUAAAUUAUGACUGCAUACCCCCAUGUUGGCCUGUUCUUAUUCCAGACCAGGUGACCUAGGUAGAAGUAAUUCUGAUCAUCUUGUGGUAAAAUAUCGUAUACAGUGAGUGGUUAACGGAAUUAGAUGGUAUUAACACAUUCUAGAUAAAAUGCGAAGACUUGAAAACUUCCAUGAACCAUAAAACCACACCAUAAAAAAUACUUGCGCACUGUUUAGUACUAUAUCUACUUCCAUGUUAAAAUAUUGCAAAAAAAAAAAUCUGGGUGAUAUGACUCAAAUGAAAACACUUCUCCAUACCAGCACAUUAAACCCCAAACAUAAAACGUUAAGUAUCUUAUGUUCUGUUCCAGAUAUCCACUUUAUCUAGCUAUUAUUGUUUUUGUCUUUUAAUUAUAUAGAGCCCACGCAGACUUUGGUUAUAAUAGCUUUAAUAUUUGAAAGACUGAAGUACGAAUCCUAGAAGUAGGACAGAGAUCCCUUUCAUAUCUAACUCCGAAAAUACCUUUUGGGUUUGGUUUUUCUAAAAAAAAAAAAAUGUUUCAGUAUCUUGAAGUUUGUUAAAUCUUGGAAGUGAAAAUAUAUACUGUGUGUAACUCUGGCCCAGAUUUUUCAAGCCUUGGAGAGUAAUUAAAUGCAGGGUGAUAAAGUAUCAGCCAGUCAGCUCCUAGCUGUCAUGUGACAGGAGCCUGAUUGGUUGGUACUUUAACACACUGCAAUUUGUCACUGUCCAAGGCUUGAUAAAGCUGUUCCUCAUAUACAAAUGAUUGCAAGUUGUAUGUUCCCAAACAUCUUUAAUUUGUAUGGUUGCUCCUCUCAAAAUAAAGUGCAUUUCUUGUGACCAGCAUUAGGAGUGUCCCCACUCACUUAACAGACUGAUUUAAUAACCCUUUAUGGUUUUGACAGCUGCAGGUAUUUGAAUUUGUGAUACUACUAUAUUAUCUGGUUCAGAGCAUGUGGUUAAAUGCAUAUGAUGUUUUGUUUAUUGUUGGUACUUUACACAGCACUACAGUUUGUGAAUUUUCCUUUGCAAGAAAAGAAACUGGAAUAUUGCUUUACAUUUUAAUAUUUUUUUCUGCACAUUUAGUAUUAUAAUGUAUAUUGAGUUUUGUAUUGAUUGUAUAAUUUGAAAGCUGUGUUCAUGUAUGUAUUAGACACUCAUUGAAUUUUAAAACAAUUUAAAAAAACAUGCAUCUGCGGACUUCAUAUAGUAUUGUGUAUGGUGUUAUGAUUUUGUACAACUUGUGUAUGUGUUACAGCUCCGAGUAACACUGUAUAUUCAAAUACCAACUCGCAUAAUUUCUACAAAUGGAGCUAAAUGUGCCAAAACUAAAAUACCAUUGUUGUGGUGAGGAGUUUCUUUAAACAUAAAAAACUGGUGUACGUC